CAUAGCUCAGCUUACGCCGCCGGCCAGACACGACACGACACCAUUCCGUAACGCACACCUCCACCACCGUCUACCACCCAGCAAAUUCGUAAACAAUGGCAACCUGGAUCUACAACACCGUCUUCGGCACCGGGCCGCAAACCGUGCAAAUCGUCUCCGCGGGCGGCAGCUCACAAUCGGCCUCGCUGCUCCCAGUGGACCCUCCGCCAUCAUACGAAGACGCCGCGUCGCCGGACUCCAAGCAACCGCUCGGAAGCGGAAGCCCUCUUCGCCGACACCCGCUCGAGCUUCCCGCACUCACCCUCCUCCGCACGAAGCGCUUCGUGCUCGCGUCAGCCUCGCCGCGUCGCAAAGAACUCCUACAACUCCUGAACCUCCCGGACAUCGAGAUCGUGCCCUCCUCGUUCGCCGAGAACCUCGACAAAUCGCACUACACGCCCUGGGAGUACGUAUUAGAGACGGCGACGCAGAAGUGCCAAGCGGUGUACACCUCCGAGAUCGCGCGAACCGACGUGGACGAGCCGACACUCGUUCUCGCGGCCGACACAGUGAUCUGCCUGGCGUCAGGCGAGGUCCUCGAGAAGCCCAAGAGCCCAGCUCACCACAUGGCGAUGCUGCAGACGCUGCGCGACGCGGGCGCGCACAAAGUGUACACGGCGGUUGUGGCGAUGACGCCGCUCGAGGACGCGACGCAUCCUGGCUACGCAAUGCAGAAUCAUGUCGAGGAGACGAUCGUCUACUUCGAUAAGACGAUUACGGAUGAGCUGCUGUUGUCAUAUGUGCGCACGCGCGAGGGCGCUGAUAAGGCGGGUGGCUAUGCCAUCCAGGGCACUGGCAGCAUACUGAUCGAGAAGAUCGAGGGCAGCUACGAUAAUGUUGUCGGGCUGCCUGUGCGCUCCACCCUGAGGCUCAUCGAGAAGGUGCUCAGUGGCGAUGAUGAUGUCGAGAUUGGUGAAGAUGGUGAGCCGGUCGUGCUCUAGGGGAGGGGGGGAUAUAUGCUCAUUUGGAUUGGACUACGGGUUGGGAUGAUGGGAUGGGAUCGGAUGGAAUGGAAUGGAAACGAUAGAUCGGUUUGGUUUGCUUGAUUCGCUUGUUUGUUUGUUUGCUUGUUUGGCUAUUCCCCAGUAUGCGAUGGAUGGAUGUAUGUACAUGUACUCUCUAAUUCUCCUUGUGCUGCUGCUGCUGCUGCUAUAUGUCACUGCCGCUGUGGCGUUUACCCGACUUUCUCACGUACGGUACUCUACAGGAA